GAAUCUGCAUUUAUACGUCGUUCUUCGCUACCCCACCAUUCAAUGCAUCAGACUCGCAACAAUAUAGACACAGAAAAUAGAGCGACAAUCCUAGGCCCCCCACCUCCACCCUCACGCUCUCUCCCUUUCAGUUUCUUUAAAUUCAAUCCACCACCCCCUCAACACUUCCUUAAUCAAUUCCCACCCAAAUCAGGCUCUUCUCCUGCUUUGAACCAAACCCAUUUCUUCUGUUCUCUUCUUGCUUUCAGUCUACAACACACAUAUUAUAUACAUAUAUAUAUGUGAUGGCUAUUCAAACGCAGCCGCAUUCGGAAAAUUUUGGGUUUCAUUUCGGCGGGUCGCAGAUUUGGAUGGAAAAUGGUUGUGGGAUCAAUCAAUCGGUGGAUUUUUCUCGGAGCGUGGAGAUUGAUCGGGUCAUCGGUUUACAGAGCGAGAGCUUGAGAUGGGCUUUGCAAGAGCAGAGCAAGCGGCAAAUCGCUUUGAUUUUGAGGAAAUAUGAAUCGGAAUCGGCGGUUUUGCUGAGACAGAAAGACGAAGAAAUAGCGAAAGCCAUGAGCAGAACGAUGGAGCUCGAAGAACUGAUGAGAAGAAUGGAGAUGGAGAAGCACGCGUGGCAGAGAGUGGCCAAGGAGAACGAAGCCAUGGCCGCGACUCUGAGCAACGCGAUCCAGCAACUCAGAGACAAUAAUGCCGAUUUUUUGGGCAAUGGGGUUGAAGACGAAGAAUCGUGCUGCGAUACGGCGACGAUUUCCAGACAUCGUCGCCGAGAAAACGAACAAGAACGGAUAACGAGAAAGAUGGUCUGCAAAAGCUGCGAUUCUCGGAAUUCGUGCGUUGUUUUCCUGCCCUGUGGGCACCUUUGUUCAUGCAAAGCUUGCCAAGCCUGUUUGGACUCUUGCCCCAUCUGCGGGAUGGUGAAGACAGCUAGCGUAGAGGCUAUGAUUUGAUUUGGGUUGGUUUUUCUGGGAAAGUCGUGUAUUUUCCGGGAAAGGGGAAGGAAAUUGUUGGGUGAAUGAACAGAACAGGCGACCCACUUUGCUCGUGCAGUUUCAUUUUUCCUUUUCCCCCCUGUCCGUCAUACACUCAUUAUAUACAUAUUCCUUUCUCUCUGUUCAUAUUUGAUUUAUAUAUUUGAACGACUUCUUUCCCACUC